AUGGCAGUCGAACCACCAUGGCUUUCGGAGUUGCUUACGAGUUUUCAUGAGCGUGACGUGCACCAAAGUCAUGGCUAUGACGUUGUCUUCCGUAAUUGUAAGUGUAAGAGUUUACUCCUGGCUCUAAUUGUUCUGGGGCCCUUUGUGCCCUCCAUAGAUGCCAAUAUCCAGGAUCGUAUGCUUAAGCUUCAUGAUGAAUGUGCCCAACUCCACCGAGAAAAUAAGUCACUGCAGAAGGAGAAUCAGACGCUUACAGUAAAAGCAGCGCUUGGGUUUGUCAAGUUUUUUUCGUGUACUUUAUCGUCCCAAGGAACCAGGUUGACUCCCAGGACACGAAGGAUAAAUUAUUUCGUCUUCAGGAGGAGGUUACUGAACUUCAUCGGGAGAAAGG